AUGAGAACCGAUAAACCACGCGACCCGGUCGCAGGUCCUGAUGCAGGCCCCGAGGCCCCAUUCCCGAUUCGUCUGUCUGGACCUGUCAUCAAGGGCUUUGGACGGGGGAGUAAGGAUCUCGGUAUUCCAACCGCAAAUAUCCCCGCCGACGACCUCGAUAACCACCCCGACCUAAAAACAGGCGUUUACUUCGGCGUCGUUGCGCUCGCACCGAUACAAAGCGGCGAGAACGGCGAGAACAGCGAAAGCGGAAAUGGAAAUACAUCCGAUACAAAUGCACAUGACACAAUCCUCCCCGCCGUCCUGAGCAUCGGAUACAACCCCUUCUACAAGAAUACCGUCCGCUCCGUCGAAAUCCACGUCAUGCCGCCAACAACGCAGCCGUCACCAACGGCCGCGACACAGUCGCAACCGACCUUCCACCGGCUGCCGGAUUUCUAUGGCACGAAGCUGAAUCUGUUGAUUUUGGGGUAUAUUCGGCCAGAGUUUGAUUAUGUUUCUAUGGAGGCGCUCAUUGAAGAUAUUCGGGUUGAUUGUGAGGUUGCGAGGUUGAGUUUGUUGAGGGCGGGAUAUUUGAGGUAUCUUGUUGAUGAUGGGGAGGGUUUGGAGGGGGUUGAUGCUGAUCGGGAGUGGUUGGUUAGGUUUUGA